CUAUUUUUAUCACUUGCUCUUCUCAUUCAUUAGAAACGAAGCGGAAGCAUUCGUUACUCAAAUUCGCUAUUGCUCUCUAGUCUCUAAAGAAGCACUGCUGCCCUAUAAAUACUUGGCAGCCCAUAGGCUUCCGUUUUGUUGAUUCCCACACUGGUCUCUGUAGUCAAUUGCUUCCUCGUCAGAAAUAGGGUUAGGGCUUGAGCGUGUCCAUGUGCCGUUAUUGAGCUGUCUCCAUGACUACUUAUACAGCCUCUUUGGAUUCUUUCAAGGCGAUUCUUUUGCUAUCGGCGACGCCUCCACUCGCCGGAUCUUACCUUGGGGGAAGGAUUUCUGCGCCGUAUGUGGGUGCCGCUGGUCCGUCCACAUCUCGACCGUAUAUUUUACCGUUAGAUCGGCGGCGGGCUGGGAGGAGGUGUACAUGCGUGGGAUUUCUUUCGAGGGGGAGAUCAAUGGAGGCGUUGAAAAGGCCGGUUCUUGCGUCGGAUUUGGGAGCUGGUGGCGAGGUCUGCCGCUCGAGGCCCCCAUUGAGAGCUCGCAGCGAGGAAGAACUGCUUUCUUAUGUCAGAAAGGAAGUUGAAAAUGGAAGGCUUUCAUCAGAUAUAGCUCAUGGAUUGGAGGAACUCUAUCAUAGUUACCGAAAUGCGGUUGUGCAAAGUGGACUUCCAGAUGCAGAUGAAAUCAUACAUUCCAAUAUGACAGUUGCAUUUGAUCGAAUUCUCAUGGACAUAGAGAACCCUUUCAUUUUUGGAGCUCAUCACAAAGCUAUACGAGAGCCUUUUGACUAUUACAUGUUCGGUCAAAAUUAUAUUCGCCCUUUGUUGGAUUUCAAAAAAUCGUACAUUGGCAACAUUUCCCUCUUCUCUGAGAUUGAACAACAUCUUCUACAGGGUCAUAACAUAAUUUUGUUCUCCAACCAUCAAACGGAAGCAGAUCCAGCAGUAAUUGCCUUGUUGCUUGAAAGGACAAAUCCUCAAAUUGCUGAGUCAAUGGUGUUUGUUGCUGGGGAUAGAGUUGUUACUGAUCCACUUUGUAAGCCAUUCAGUAUGGGAAGAAACCUACUGUGUGUAUAUUCUAAGAAACACUUGUUUGAUGAUCCUGAGCUUGUUGAUCUGAAAAAAAAAGCAAAUACCCGAAGUCUCAAAGAAUUGUCAGCUCUUUUUAAGAGUGGAUCACAGAUAAUUUGGAUAGCACCAAGUGGUGGAAGAGAUCGGCCAGAUCCUGAAACAGGGGAAUGGUUUCCUGCUCCAUUUGAUGCAUCUUCGUUGGACAAUAUGAGAAGGUUGGCUGAGCAUUCUGGUGUUCCUGGGCACUUUUAUCCGCUUGCAUUGCUAUGUUAUGGUGUCAUGCCUCCACCAGCACAGGUGGCAAAGGAGAUUGGUGAGCAAAGAAAGCUGUCACACCACGGUGUUGGCUUAUCUAUUUCCAAAGAAAUAAAUUUCAAUGAAGUUACUGCUCAUUGUGAAAGCAAAGAUGAGGUAAAGGGAGCUUUUUCAAUGGCACUGUACAAUGCAGUUACAGAGCAGUACAAUAUUCUCAAAUCUGCCAUAUAUGAACUGCAAGGCUUAAAUGCAUCAGACUCCAAGGUCUCCCUUUCACAGCCUCAUAUACAGUAGUUUCUAACAGAGGUUUUGUUCAUGGAAAAUGCAUGGGCCAUACUUGAUGAAGCAAGAUUUUCUGUGAUUUGCAGGAGCUGAUGGCUCCAACACGGCAAAUUAUUAGGUCCGGUGAUUCCAUGCGCUUUUAGUGCACUUUUGAUAUAUUUUUUAAAAAGAGCAACUAAUACACAAUUUUAACUGCAUAUUAGCUACUCUUUUGCUGCCAUUUUGCUGAGUAUUUAAAAAGCGAAGCAAAAGCACAGCAAAAGGACAGCAAAUAUUCAACGAGUAAGUUAUUUGUUGCGCUUUUGCUAUAUUUUUGCAAAUACUCAACAAAAAAGUAGCUAAAUGCAAUUAAAAUUGUGUAUUAGUUGCUCAUUUUUAAAAAUACAUCAAAAGCGCACUAAAAGUGCAUGGAAUCCGGAUGAAAAAUUAAAUCCGGUGACCGGACCUAAUAAUUUGCCCUCCAACUCAGAACACACAUAAUUUUUGGAAUGUUAUGACAAUCCAGGCAUGCAUGACUAUUAAUUCUUUUUGAUCCUCACUACAGCAAUUUCCUCUCCUUCAUUGGUACCAUAUCCUUCCGCUGGCUCUUUUGUCUGGACGUUAUGGGUAGGGUACUCGUAUUGUACAGUUUUCCACGCUGUCAUAAGAAAAUCCUACUUAUUUUUUGUUUUUGUUCCUUCUAAUUCACAAGACAAGUCUCUAUGGAGUCAAAACUCUCAUUCCUCCAUGGAGAUCGAGUAACAACAGCAUUUGCUGAGUUGCUAGCUUGAUUUCGUGUCUGGAUUUAUGUAAUUGUAGUCGUCCAACCAUAGAGAAAUCUUCCUAUGUCAUUUUUUUCAGAAUCUAUAUAUAUUAUCUAUGGUAGGUUUCAAAUGCUAAGUGCAUAAGAAAUUUCUGUAUUUCGUGCU